UCUCCUUUCCCCUCCCCUGCCCUGAAAAGAAAGCCCCCAGCCUCAUCCUUGAGGGGAAGGCCAGUCCUUCCAGACAGGGCAAGCCAUGCUGCAGUAGGGGGCCUGAGGGGAAGGGAAGAGAAGGGAAGGGAAGGAAAAGAAAGUGAGGAGGAGGAGGAAGGCAAGGAAGGCGCUCUGGAGGGAGCAUCCAUCUGAGGGGACAUGUUUGCCCAGCUCCUCUGCCAGGCAGCUUGGCUCUCUCUGCUGCUCCCAGGGCCCCAGGGGAGAGUCUACAGUGGAAGGAAGAAGGGGGCCAGCUUCGCCCUGGAGAGACGUCGCCUUGGUCCACAUGUUUGCCUCUCUGGUUUUGGAAAUGGCUGCUGUCCUGGGUGGAUACCAGCUCCCGGCAGUGGACAGUGCACUCUACCACUUUGUUCCUUUGGCUGUGGCAGUGGCUUCUGUAUCGCUCCCAAUGUCUGCUCCUGUAGGGAUGGAGGGCAGGGCAUUACAUGUCAAGACCCUCCUGGGGCUUGUGGAGAGUAUGGCUGUGACCUUGCUUGCAAUCAUGGAGGAUGCCAGGAGGUGGCAAGGGUGUGCCCCCUGGGAUUUUCAAUGACUGAGACAGCCAAUGGUGUACGUUGUACAGAUAUAGAUGAGUGCCUGAGUGCCUCCUGUGAGGGGCUUUGCGUAAACACAGAGGGUGGCUUUGUGUGCGAAUGUGGCCCUGGGAUGAAACUGGCUGCUGACCGGCACAGCUGUCAAGACACUGAUGAAUGCUUAGCAACACCCUGUCAGCACCACUGUAAGAACAGUAUUGGCAGUUAUCGAUGCUCCUGCCAAACUGGCUUCUACCUCCAUGGCAACCGGCACUCCUGCAUGGAUGUGAAUGAAUGCCGCCGACCCAGUGAGAAGCGAACCUGCCAGCACUCCUGUCACAACACGCUGGGGAGUUUUAUGUGCAGCUGUCGCCCAGGCUACCUCCUCAGUGUGGAUCGAGUGUCAUGUGAAGGUUUUUCAAAGACCGGCCUGGGCCCUUCUCCCAUCUUGCAGUCUCUCCAGCACCCACCAACUCUGCUGCGUCUACCUCCAGAAUCAGUGGCCGCUGUCCUUCCCCCUAGGGUCUCUCCUCCUUCAUGGGCUCCUGCUCCCCACAGUGCACCUAAAACAACAUCUCCUUCCCCAUCCCUUUCCACUCUCUUGGUGCUUUCACAAGCAGCCUCUUCCACCCCUUCAUCACCUCUCCCAAGUUCCUCCUUUGGCACACCCUUCUUUCUGAGAACUGCCCAGCCUUUAGUGCCAAGGAGUCCAUUGCCACCAUCAUUGCUGAGAGAAGAGAUUACAACAACUCCUCCUCCUCCGAGUCCCUCUGCUCCAUCAGCUUCUUUUCCAGCCCUGCCUGCCAACUGCUGGCAUGAAGGGAUUCUUCAUGAGAAUGGCAGCCACUGGAUAGAGCCGAGGUGUCUAAAUUGCUCCUGUGAGGAUGGGCAAGUGCUGUGUCAAGCACUAACAUGUGAAGUUACCUGCUCCCAUCCCAUUCUGGCCGUGGAGGGGGAGUGUUGUCCCAGCUGCAGAGGCUGUCUCUAUUAUGGGGUUUCCAGAGCUGAGGGAGAAGUUUUCUCUCUUUCUGAGGAGAACUGCACAGUCUGUGUCUGCCUGGCAGGCAAUGUUUCCUGUAUCUCUCCAGAAUGUAUACCCAGUCCAUGCCCCAGCUCUGCUCAGAGUGAUUGUUGUCCCUGCCAGCCAGUAGAGUGCCAUUUCCGUGGUCAGACUUACACAGAGGGGACUGAGUUUAGCCUCAAUGAUGAUGACUGCACCACCUGUGUGUGCAGGCAAGGUGAAGUUGAGUGCUCCUUUGCACCCUGUCCCACUCUGGAGUGUCCCCAAGAUGAGUGGCUGUUGGCUCCAGGGCAAUGCUGUUUCACCUGCCGAAAGGCUGCACCUGUGACAGGUUGUUUUGUGGAUGACAAUGGAGUUGAAUUUCCAAUUGGACAGAUCUGGUCACCGGGUGAUCCCUGUGAGUUAUGCAUCUGCCAGACAGAUGGCUCGGUGAGCUGUAAGAGGACUGACUGUUUGGAGACAUGUCCUCACCCUAUACAGAUACCUGGACAGUGCUGUCCAGACUGCUCAGCAGGCUGCACCUAUGCAGGAGGGAUCUUUUACAACAACGAGACGUUCCCUUCUGUUUUGGAUCCCUGUCUAAGUUGCAUCUGUCUGCUGGGCUCUGUGGCUUGCUCUCCUGUGGACUGUAUUGUCUUUUGUACCUACCCUUUCCACCCAGAAGGAGAAUGCUGCCCAGUUUGUCAUGACUGCAAUUACAAAGGGAGGAAAGUGGUGAAUGGUCACAGCUUUGUACCAGAAGGUGAACCCUGCAUUUAUUGUACCUGCCAGUUAGGAGAAGUGAGUUGUGAAAAGAGGUCCUGUCCGAGCACCUGUACUGUGCCUUUUGACCCCCCUAUACAUUGUUGCCCUGACUGCCAAGGUAAUGAAAUCACAGAUGGUCUGCCGUCAAUGGAGAUUACCCUAACCAACGCUCACUUGGGAGAUGGAGAGCCAAAGGCAGCCUUACAAACCCUUCCAAAACAUUCCAUGGCCCUGAUAUUCAACAGAAAUUGCAGCAACUGCAACUCUACCCUGGCACCUGUCUCACUCGGCCCAGAGGUUCACUUUGCAAGUACUCUGGAGAUGCCACCCAUGAGCCCAACUGCACCAGGGAAUGUUGAGCUCCAUCAGACUCGACAAGGAGGUCCCACCAGAUUGCGUCUCAACAGACCACCAAGUGUCAAGCCCCCUUCUUCUUGGCUGGGCCAUUUUGCAAUGAUAAAAUCAUGGUCCCCUGUGCAAAUUCAGAACAGGCCAGAAAGCAUUGGUUCUUCUUCUACUAGGCCAAGUGGCUCCCUUUCAACUCAUUCUAAUCUCCCAUCUCUCAUUAUAGAGACCACUGGAACAUCUGUGCCUUCCCUUGAUGGCCACACUUCCACUCCUCUCAAUGCAGCCAACCUCAGGAAUUCCAUAACUUCCCUCUUUCAGUAUUCAAAUAUCCACAACCAUCCCCUGUCGCCUCCAGCUGAAACUCUUUCCUCUUCAACCAUCCCCAGUCUACCUUCUUCUCAAGAACUUUCUGGGAGUGCAUCACUCAUAACAGGUUCAUCCACAGCCAACCAGAAAAAUGCGGAAAACAGUUCUGCAUCACCCUCUGGCACUGAGAAUAACCUCAACAGUACUGAUCCUUAAGUUGGAGGGAAAGCCAGGCCUGGUUUGAACAGAAGGAAUAUAACCACUUCAGCCUCAUAGGUGAAGGAGAACUUGUAUAAAUAAGAUUGCCACUAGUGGUCUGAGCAGGCCUUGCCACUACUUCUUUCUGACAGUAGCCAUUUUCUGUCUUCUUGAAGAGCAGGUCAUACUAGUGAGAAUAUUAGGUCACCUCUAGCUAGUACUGAGGAUAUGAGACCUAAUGAGCUUACCAAAGCCAUAUCUACUUGGCAUUAGAACAUAAUGGGACAGUAUCUCUUCUUUCCAAUGUUGAUAUAAAGAUUCCAGCCAAGCCUCCUGUUCCCUGUGGGAUGCAGAUGUAGUAGGAUAAAAGAUUACUGUUAAUUGCGCCAAAACCUCAUCCACUGCUGGUAACAUGAAAAGUUAUGCCUUCUGCCCAGAGUCAUAUCUCACAGCAUGCUUAGCAUGGAUAUUCUGCUGGUGCUUGCAAAUCUAUAUUUGACAUUUCAAGAUGGGUAAUUUUGAAGAAGAGUUGGCCAGUUUCCAAUCAGUUCAAAACUGUACUUCCACAUCAGUUUUAGUUUAAUGGAACCACACUGCAUAAAUUCACUUUUGUGUACAAAAUUGAUAUACUGGAGAGCUCCCACCCAGUCCUUUCUUCAUUUGAUACAGAUCUAAAAACAAUAAUGGAAUUUUGUAAUUCAGAUUUCUAGUAUGCUGGAGUUUGGUUUAUAUGAACACUAAAAAUACUGUAUACAGUUUGUAACAUUUUAGAGGUAAAGAUGCCUUUCUAGGUCAUAGGUAAAUUUUCAUGUUGAAGUUAGUAUUUCUAUGUGCAUUUCCUUUUAUGAUUUCUUUGGUGACACAUGGUAGCCACUGGACUCCCUGAAAGUAGCUUGGUCUUUUCAAAUCUUUGGAUUUAUUUUAGCUUUCAAAUAUCCUUGCAGCCCACUUGUGGAACUGAUGACAAGACAAUGUUUUAUUAACUACCUCAGAGUUGUAUCUAUUAAGGAUACAUCAAUAUUAGACAUUUGAAACCAAACGGAUUAUUAAGCUUUCACCCACCCCUUAGAACUCUGGGAAUUACAUGAGGCUGCUGGGAAUGCUUUGUUGGGUAUUUCUGGCCUUCAUAAAGAGUGAUACUUUCUUAAAUUUCUUGGUUAAUAAUCAUGGAUCUUAGUUAGGUUUAAGACUGACUGACUGAAAUAUGCAGUGAAUACAAGUCUCUUGAUCACAUUCACAUGGCAGCUUGGGAAAUGAUUUGAAUGCUUUUCAGUGUGCCUGAUUUCCACAGUCCUGAUUCAUAAUUUUACACUGUGAUGCAUCUUCUACUUUCCAUAAGGCAGCUGAAGGACAGCAAAAGCUGUGUAUUGUACACUGCUGGUUUCUAGGCAGCAAUAUACAAUACAUCAGUGGAAGAAGGCUUCCUCUCUUUCUCUUAGAUACUUCUAACUUUUCCUGUUCUGUUUACUCAGAGAGUAUAGAUAGCUACUGUGUGG